CCCAGUUAAACGUGGAAUUGAACAAUCAUCAACCGGGGAGAUAAUGCCUUCCACGAAGCCCUUUCGGCGGCUUCUGGUCGUCAAUAGAGGUGAAAUCGCCGUGCGCAUCAUCCAAGCCGCCCGCGAGCUUUCCCCUCCUCCAGAGGUGUUUGCUAUAUAUACGGAUGAUGAUCGCUCCCAUUGUGAAAUUGGCCGUCCUGAUCGGGCUCUGCUCAUCCCAUCCGUUGCUACCUAUCUAGACAUCUCAUUCUUAGUCCAUCUGGCUCGGGAUCAUGCAAUCGACGCUGUGCACCCUGGAUACGGCUUUCUGAGCGAGAAUGCAGACUUUUCCGCCCACAUGCAAGAUGCUGGGAUAGCCGUGAUAGGUCCCGGGAGGGAAGCUCUGGCUCGUACAAGCAACAAGCUUCAAGCAAAGCAACUAGCCAUGGAGUGUGGUGUUCCUGUUUUACCAGCAAUGACGCACCCCACUGCGGAUAUAGCAGCAGUUCAAGCCUUCGCAAGGCAAGUCCAGUAUCCUGUGAUUGUCAAGGCAGUUGAUGGUGGUGGUGGGCGAGGAAUACGGCUGGUGCGGCAGGACGACCAGCUGGAAAGUGCGGUCCGCGGAGCGGCCAAUGAGUCGCCAUCGCAGACUGUCUUCGCCGAGAAAGCAGCCGUGACGGGAUUCCGCCAUAUAGAGGUGCAGAUCUUAGGCGAUGGAACAGAAGUGCGUCAUCUAUGGGAGCGCGACUGCAGCAUACAACGGCGCUUUCAGAAGGUGGUUGAGCAAGCACCAUCCUUGAUCAAGAACCGGGCUCUCGUGCAGCAAAUAGUGGAUGCGGCACUGCGCAUGGCUAGAGCUAUCCGCUAUAGAUCUCUAGGGACAGUUGAGUUUCUGGUCAAUGAGCAGCAAGGGGAGUUCUACUUCCUUGAGAUAAACCCACGACUUCAAGUGGAGCAUACCAUCACUGAAGCUAUUACCGGUGUGGAUCUAGUACAAGCACAGCUGCGACUGGCUCAAGGUUGCACUCUUGCACAGCUUGAUAUCCCGGCUGCGGAAUCGGCUACGCCCUAUCUCCAUUCGAUUCAGCUCCGGUUAUGCGCCGAAGACCCUCGCAAUCAAUUUGCCCUGAGCAUAGGUAAAGUGACCGAGUUGGUCGUUCCGAGCGGCCAUGGGGUUCGACUUGACACCCAUGUUGGUACGGCAGGAACAAGCCCUGUUGUGGUAGGCGCGCAGUUAGAUAACCUGCUGGCCAAAAUCAUUGUCACAGCGUCUAGCUGGGAGGGGGCAGUGCUCAAAGCUCGACGAGUACUUGCAGAUACGAAAGUAGCCGGUAUCCGGACUAACUUGGAAUUACUGCGAGGAAUCGUUAGCCAUGAAGAAUUCAUCGCUGGUAGGAUAGACACACGAUGGCUAGAAACCGGCAUGGACCAAAUACUGCGGCGAGGGGCAAGUGUCUCGCAAUCGGUCCGUAACCAAACACCCGCACAGGGAGCCCGUCCCUCUACACUGCCCAGUGUACCUCCUUCGACUCUCUUGCUCCGGCGAGGGGAUGCAUGGUCUAUUAGACUUGCACCAGUUGACUCACCUGGACAGUCACAGCCACAGCAGCACCAUAUCCAGCUCACACGUGUGCUUCAAAACGACUUUCCAACCUCGCUUGCCGCCGAGAUUGAGUAUCAGACACCCAACCUUUCCACGGCCUAUCGACUACAGCUGGCAGCCACCUCAACCGCAGCAUCUGCUUUGUUGUCAUCUUCGCAUCGGCGCGGAGAUAUGAGCAAUCCGCGCCAUAUUGUUCUCCCUCUGUCUGGAAAACUCAUUGAAGUCCUUGUUUCUGCCGGGGAUCCAGUCGCUGAGAACCAGGUGCUAGCAUUCGUGAUGCAGAUGAAAAUGGAAGUCGAGGUACGCAGUCCGCGUGCAGGCCGAGCACAAUGGGUGUAUGAGAUGGAGGAUGAAGAAGAGGAUGUGGCGGAAGGGAUGCUGUUGGUUGAGUUGACAGAUGGAUUGCAAGGGAAACUGUAGAACGGGGUAGAUUAGCACUAGGAAGUAUAUAUGUCUCCACAGUCA